AUGCAUUUCGCCAAAAAAUGGCAAGAAAAAAUAGCUAAAAACCAGACAUAAAUUUUAGCAAAUUAUCUCAGUAAGUUUAAGUUUUAUCGCCUUAUGCUUAUCUAGAAUCAAGAGAGGAGUAUAUGUGGAUAUAUUAAACCUUAUUUUGAAGAAAAUCGGAACAGUACGUACUGAGAUACAAGCACUUUAAAAAGGGCAUAUUUGGAUACACCUAUCUUCAUAGAAAAGCUGUCAAAUAAUAACACUUCAUUAGUCUGUAAUGUAAUCAAUACAAGAUGGCAUAAUAAAAAAUAGAAAUUCACUUUCGUGGAAAGAGGAUUAUAUAUCUGUAGAUUGUGAAAGAAUUGAACAAUGGAUUCGUCGCAAGUGUUGCCGGCUGCUGAUCCUCCCGCAGAAUGCGGUAUCAAAGUAGUCUGCAGAGUUAGGCCACUGAAUGAGAAUGAGGAAAAAACUGGCAGUAAAUUCAUAGCGAAACUUCAAACAGACGAUUCUAUAUCAUUAGGGGGAAAGAUCUAUGUAUUUGAUAAAGUAUUCAAACCUAAUGUGACACAGGAAUUUGUGUAUACUUCAGCAGCCAAACAGAUUGUCUUAGAUGUCCUCAGUGGUUACAAUGGCACAAUUUUCGCAUAUGGGCAGACCUCUUCUGGUAAAACCCAUACAAUGGAGGGUGUUCUUGGAGAUGAGAGGUUACAAGGAGUUAUUCCAAGAAUUGUCAAUGAUGUGUUCAAUUAUAUUUAUCAAAUGGAUGAAAACCUUGAAUUCCAUAUAAAAGUGUCAUAUUUCGAAAUAUACAUGGAUAAAAUAAGAGAUCUUUUAGAUGUUUCCAAAACCAAUCUUGCAGUGCAUGAAGAUAAAAAUAAGGUUCCAUUUGUAAAGGGUAUAACAGAACAAUUUGUCUCAUCCCCUGAAGAAGUUAUAGACAUUAUGAUGGCUGGAAAAGACAAUAGACAUGUAGCCGUAACUAAUAUGAAUGAGCACAGCUCACGUAGUCACAGCGUGUUCCUCAUCAAUAUAAAGCAAGAAAACUUGGAGAAUCAAAAGAAAUUGUGUGGAAAAUUAUAUCUAGUCGAUCUAGCAGGUAGUGAAAAGGUUGGUAAAACUGGUGCUGAGGGUGUUGUAUUAGAUGAAGCUAAGAAUAUCAACAAAUCUCUCUCUGCUUUGGGGAACGUCAUCUCAGCCUUGGCAGAUGGAAAUAAAAGCCAUAUACCAUACAGAGACAGUAAGCUGACUCGUAUCCUACAGGAGAGUUUGGGUGGUAAUGCUAGAACCACGGUCAUCAUAUGUUGCUCUCCUGCAUCAUUCAACGAGUCUGAGACCAAAUCUACAUUGCAGUUCGGACAGAGAGCCAAGACCAUCAAGAAUGUUGUACAAAUCAAUGAGGAACUUACAGCAGAGGAAUGGAAGAGACGUUAUGAGAAAGAAAAAGAGAAGAAUGCCAAACUCAAAGCAAUGCUUGUCAAAUAUGAACUGGAAUUGAACAAAUGGAGGUCUGGGGAUGCUGUGCCAGUAGAAGAGCAGGCAACAAGAGAGGUUGCAGCUAAAGGCAACCUUAGUGAGACUUCUACACCUGUAGGCUCCAGUCUAAACCUAGCAGGUCUUACUACAUCUAUGGUAUCAUCCACUGCAUCACUGCCAGCUGAUGAGAGACAGAAAUUGGAAGAGGAGAAGAUUAAACUCUAUGAAGAACUAGACAAUAAGGACGAGGAGAUCAACAGCCAGUGCCAGCUGUCUGAGCGUCUCAAGGAGCAGAUGUUAGAGCAAGAGGAGAUGAUCAGUGCCGCACGCAAAGACUAUGAGAGUCUCCAGAAUGAGAUGGCACGUAUACAGGCUGAUAACGACUCUGCCAAGGAGGAAGUGAAGGAAGUCUUACAGGCCCUUGAGGAACUAGCCAUGAACUAUGACCAGAAGUCCACUGAGGUUGACAGCAAGAAUAAAGAAAAUGAGGAAUUGGCUGAAGAACUGAGUGUGAAAAUGUCUAAGUUGAACACAAGUGAGAGUGAACUUCAGGCCCUGAAGGACCAGACUUCCCACCAGAAGAAACGUGUUGCUGAGAUGAUGGUGAGCCUCUUGAACGAUCUCAAUGAAGUUGGCACAGCUGUUGGUGCCAACGCAAUGGAUAGUAAGACUGGUAUGACAACUGGUGGUGGCGUAGAAGAAGAAUUCACAGUGGCUAGACUGUUCAUCAGUAAGAUGAAAUCAGAAGUGAAGACCCUGGUCUCCCGUUGUGCCCUACUGGAAGACUUCCAAAAAGACAGCAAGAAAAAGAUCCAAGAGACAGAAGAGGAACUCUCUGGAUGCAAGCUUCUAAUUUCACAGCAUGAGGCUAAGAUGAAGUCACUUGCCGAGUCCCAGAAGGACAUUGAGACCAAGAAGAGAUCUCUAGAAGAAGAAGUUGACAAACUGAAUGAAGAAACUGCACAGCUCAGAGCUGAAGAGCAAGUAUACAAGAGCCAGUUGGAGAAACAACAGCAGGAGAGUAACAAACAGAGCUCUGCCCUGGAGAUGAAGGAGACACUGGAGAAACAGAUGGAGGGCCACAGGGAGCAGCACCAGAAGCAACUCACCACUCUCCGUGAUGAGAUCGCCAGCAAACAAACCAUGAUUGAUUCCCUAAAAGAUGCCAACCAGAAGAUGAGCCUCGCACAAGAGAAACUUCAGCUAGACUACAACAAACUGAAGGAAGAAGAGACAGAAAAAUCAGCCAAAUUAGCCGAACUUUCUCUCCAGAUUGAUCGACGUGAACAGGCCAAGCAAGACCUUAAAGGCCUUGAGGAGACUGUUGCCAAAGAACUACAGACACUUCACAACCUUAGGAAACUCUUUGUACAAGACCUGCAAAGCAGAGUCAAGAAGUCUGCAAACAAGAACGAGGAUGAAGAAGAGGAUAUGGGUGGAAGUGUUGCCCAGAAACAGAAGAUUGGAUUCCUUGAGAAUAACUUGGAUCAGCUUACCAAGGUCCACAAACAAUUGGUGAGAGACAAUGCUGACUUACGUUGUGAACUGCCCAAGUUGGAGAAGAGACUGAGAGCCACCAUGGAGAGAGUAAAAUCCCUAGAAUCUGCCCUGAAAGAAGCCAAGGAGGGCGCUAUGAGGGAUAGGAAGAGGUACCAACAUGAGGUUGACCGUAUUAAGGAGGCUGUACGCCAGAAGAACCUUGCCAGACGCGGACAUGCACCCCAAAUUGCUAAGCCAAUCAGGCCAGGCCAGCACCAACAUGCAGGAUCUAUUCAGAGCAGUGGAAUCCGUGGAGGUGGGAUGACACAAAAUGGACCAUCCCCAGUCAUUAGACCUAAUGCUGCUUCUGGUGCUGUAGAAGGGAGCUAUAGAAAACAGUUACCUCAAAUCCCUAAAGUUCCUUCAGGGAGCCACAUGUACGAGGAGGAUUUAGCAGCUUUAAAAGUCAUCAAGAAACCCAAUAGUAAACCUGUUGCAAGAAAUAUUAAAACUGAACCCAAGGCAUAGUGGAAGAUGAAAACAGACAUUUAACAUACCGUGUGUAACUAUAGUUACUGACACUUACCAUGGAGACAAUAGAUGCCAUGGAUACAUCAUAGAUACCAUAUAUUACCAUGGAGACAUCAUAGUUACCAGCAGUCAAUACAAAAUAAUAUUAGUUACCAGGUGCUACCAUGGAGAUAUCAACAACACUAAUAUAUAUCCAACUAUCAUUUUGGAAUCAGUGAUGUAACUAGCUGUUACCAUGGGAAUAAUGUUGUAGUAACCAACAGUUACUAUAGAAACAUAAUCAGCAAUGUGGAAUAUAGUUAUUUAUUAUUUCCUGUAUAAUAUGAAUGGCAUCAAUAUACAUGUAGGAAUAUGUUAUUAAAAAUAUAAAAGUUGUAUUUUAAAAAUAUCUAGCUGAAUUUUCAACAUAUAUCACUACGAUAUUUCAUUGAUUUUCUGAAUCUGAGAAAAGAUGUAGAAGUUAUUCUAUACUAACUUCGCCAAAUUUCUGACCACAUUUCUUAGAAGUUGUACAAGAAAAACUAUAAAUAUUGUGACGGUAUAUUCACUCUAUGUGUAUAUGUGAUCUGUAUUUGAUGGCUUUACCUGUGAUGUCAUUGGCUAAUAGAUGUGUAUAUGUAAAUUUUAAGCAAGUUACAACAAUUACAUAAUACUAAAGCUGAUAUGGUAUACUGAUUCUUGGGUAAAGUUGUAAUGAUGCAGGGUUGGUUGAACAGACCCCUUAUGACUUCCAAGACAAUGGAGCUAGUGCUGGUUUAGAUGUGGGCUGGUUAAUUCGUGUUGAGGUUGUUCGGGAACUGACUAGUUGACGACAGUCUGAUGCCAAAAGAUUGCUGUUACGAAUUGCCCAGCCCACGUCUAAAAUUGAUCAGUUUAGGAUAAACUAAUAUUCAGCUUAAAAAGGCUGCAGGGUAUGUAUGUAGGAACUGAUAAAAAUGUGACAUUUUUUGAUUUCAUUACGUUUUCAAAUAUGGAGUUGCCACUUGUGUAUGAUGUGCAAUGGGUCCAUUUGUGUUUUACUUUCUUCCAAGUUGCAGUAUAUUUCAAAAAAAUGUUGAAUUUGAAAUUUUAAAACAAUUUUAGAAUGGUAAAAAUAAACAAAGGUUUCACAAUGUAAACAAUUUGAAUAUUACAGUUCACAAUUGUUAAUAUGUACAUUGAGAAAAGCUUUAAAAUGGUAGAAAGUACACAUGGGCUUGAAUAAUAUUCUGUAAAUAUGCUUUAUAUAUGGGUAUAAUAUAACCAGUAUAUUAUUAAAUAUAAAUGUGCAUUGGUGCUUGAAGCUUAAAGCUUUUGUACAUUAGAUAUAACAACAUCAAUUUGGUAAUUUCAAAUUUCUUUAAUUAUAUAUCAUUUAUUGACAUUAGUUACAUGAUUUUAGUUACAUGAUAUAUAAGUUACUAAAACACAACAGACUCCAGCUUCAACUCCCAAAUACAAAAAUGUACAUUGCGGUGCACUUUACAUAUUUAUCAAAAUUUUAAAAUUCAGUUUUUCGAGUGUGACAUGAACUGGUAUCAAUUGCCAGGUCACUUAAAAGGACUACAGAGGGUGAAAUCAGGAUUUUUGUUCACAACCUAAUUUCUAUAAAAGAUACAAUGAUUUCACUCUUACCUAGGCCUGAGGCGCAUCUAUCCUAACUGGAGUAAAGUGUUCAAAAUACGGAUAGAAAAUGCUUCACUUUCGAACCUCUUCCUUCAGUGGAAGAUCGUAACAGACAAAAUGUAUUUUCAAUAAAAUUUUUGUUACAUAAUAUACACAGUUGAAGAUAAUACUGAAACUAGAUUAGUUAAAAUUUUGUGAUAAGCAAUUCUUAAAAACAAAACUAUAGCAAUAUUUAUUGAAAUUACCAAAUUGAUAUAUUGAAAUACUUUAUUUCAUGUUCUGCUUUAGAUGUUUAGAAAACCCAUGUUUGAAAAAAUACACUUAAGUAUGAUAGAUUAUUAUGAUGUACAUUGGCAACAAACUGCAAAUGAUGAGAAAGAAAAUGGGAAAAUGUGAGAAUGGUUAUGGAGCCUAUGAUACAGUUCAAAUUUAAAUUAACCUUUACUUUGCUUGUGAUCAUUAAGAUCAAUGAUUUUCUAAGGUUAGGUUUGAUUUGAACUGCACUGUAGGCCAGUUGUACGUAUCAUUGAAAUCUAGACUGAAUGGCACAAUGAGAGGUGAUUGGCAUUUUAGAAAAUUAAUGCAUUGUGAAAUAUAACUUAACGUUGACAAAUUGUAUAUUCUAUGUAGGUCUUCUAGAACUCAAUUAUUUGUAAAUAUAUUUAUAUUUAUUCCAAUGUGACAAUAUUACAUCACUUUUAAAUGUAUUCUAUGACUGCUAUUAUAAAAAUACUGUGUGUAAUUAUUUUAUAUGUUUAAGCAAUCUUAAAUCUUGUUCUUUUUGUUUGAUGAUUUAAACAUCAAGACUUGUUUUUUAUGUAAAUUGUGUAUAUUUUGUAUAAAGUCAAAUAAGUUGGUCUGUAUGGGAAAUUCCAGCGCACUUCAUUUUAAUGGAAAUAUUGGUUUGGCCAAUGUUGAAAGUUUGUAACAGUACAGUAUUCCACUGUGAAAUUGUUCCAAGGAUCAGAUUCCAACUAACAAUGGCUUGUGAAGUUAUGUUCUUUGGUCCAUUAUCAUACAUAAUUGAGCAUAAUAGUACUCUUUGAAUCAUUUAUUAGACUUAAUUUUGAAAGUUUUCUUUGAAAUAGAAAUUUCAUCUUUACAUAAUGUAUUUCCCCUACUACGCAACCUUCAGAGCUUUGUGUAUCGUAUGCUAGAGUGUGUACAUGCAAUAGACUCAUUGUAUGCUAAAUGCUCAAUAAAACUGUA